GCACGCGAGCAUGUCGCCGGUGACCGCACACGAGCGCGGACCGCGGAGGACGGAGACGUAGGCGGGCGCGUGAGUUACUGGGGGGCGAGCACACAGCACGACGAGCGCGGCGGCGUCGAUGGCGAGCACGGCGCUGGGCGGGCGAGCGAGCGCGCAAGAUGGCAUGGGCGAGCGGCGCCAGCGGACAAGCGCACGCGACCGCGGAGGCCCGGGCGGGCGAGCGAGCGCACAGGACGGCCGGCGAGCGUGGACGAGCACGAAGAAGGAUCCGACGAGCACUUCCGGUUCCAUCUCGGGCUAGAAAUCACUGGUUUCUUCCCAACGAAGCAGGCGAGCACAUUUUCAACAGUAAGAUAAGAAAGAUAAAAGUUCUCAAGGAGAAGAAGGCGUACAAUAAUACAAUGGAGGGGAAGACGAAGAGGCUAUCUGCCGCCGCCGCCGCCGCCUGGUGCCUGCUCGCCGUGCUGCUGCUGUCCAGCCAGAUGCAGCCGGCGGCGGCCAUGUCCAGGUUCUGCCGCUGCUACAAGAAGUGCUACGCCGACUGCCGGAAGGUCUCCGGGCCUUACCCCUGCAACUUCGGGUGCCUCCAGGACUGCUUCAACAACGACGACGACCAGCUGAUGCCGCGGCCGGCGCGUCCCAAGUCCGCCGCCGACUGCGACCGCAUCUGCCUCAUCCGCGUCUGCGGCGUCAUGAGCACCGCCUCCGCCGCCAUGGCGGUCGUCGCAGGUGGUGACGACGCUCAGACGUGCCUGGUUGACUGCCGGAACAGCAUCGGACACUCCGCUCCGGUGCUGAUCGAAGCACGCCAACUGAUGAUGAAUUGAUGGGGACGACGACGUACUUCAGGUCGGAGUCACACGGUACAACCACUAGUGUUUGAUCAGUUUGUUAAUGCGAUGGCGAUCGAUCGGCUGUUAACAAAACAAUGGUCCGUCUUUCUGUGAUUAUAAAAAGCAAAUAAUGUUCUAGUACGUAGGAGUACGAAAUAUCAUGUGGAAAUGCAUUCAGUUAAGGUUUCAGAUCCACUUCAAGUCCAAAUGUUCAAUGCAAUGAUAUCUCUACUUUUAAGAAACAAAACA